ACAACACUAACGGAAACAUCAACGUGAAAGCGAGACGGACGCCCUCCGUCCCGUUAUAUGCUGUGUCUGUCUGUCUGUGUGUUGAGAGUUCUACGUCGCGCACUCCAAAAAAGAAUAAAAGAAAAACUUUAACACUCACACACACACACCUACACACAUAUGCAGUAAGUUAAUAUAUAGUUAAAACAAAUUUAAGAAAAAAAGAAACAAGUGCAAGUAAAAGGUGCCCAAUGUGGCCAAUGGAAAUGCCAAAGAAAAUGCAGCAACAACAAAUUCGACAGCAAACGCGAAUUCUACGGCGACAACAACAGCAGCAGCAGCAGCAACAACAACAACAACAGUUGCAAUUUCCCAAUACAUAAGUCCACCGAAUUUCCGUCUUUGUCGCGCGCGUUUACACACAACAGGCACACACACACACGCAGGGACACAUGCAUGUGCAUAAAUGGCAAUAUGGACGAACAGCAGCUGCAUUUGCGUUGUAUACCAGCACAGUGACACGCGCGUGCCAAAUAUUGCCGAUUUUAUCACACGAACAACAACAACAACAGCAACAACAACAACACCAGCGGGACCAGCUAUUAAGUAAAGGAGCCACUACAACAACAAGAAGAACAACCAUAGGAACAACAACAACAACGAAAGCAACGAAAAUUGCUGGAAGGCGUCGCAAAAUAUCAAAAUGUCAAUUCAGAAGCUAAACGACACCACCAACUCGGGCUACGUGAGUUCCGAGGAGACGGACUCGCUGCUGGUGAGCAGCUCGAAUCCCUCGAAGGGUGGCGGUCGGACGGCCCUGCUCCGCCAGGUGAAGAGCAGCUCCACGAAUGGCCCGACCACGGGCGCAUCCACAUCCUCGUCGGGAUCGGGGGGCGGGGGAUCGGGAUCGGGAACGGGAACGGGAACGGGAACCGGUUCCCAAGCGGGCUCCGCAUCCGGUUCCGGAGCCGGGGCUUCCAAGCCGACGCUGAUGCGGCAGGAUCGCACUUCCACCUACCUGACGAGUCCGCAGCAAUCGCAGCACGCGCGGAUGGGAUCCGAGGAGAGUAUGCGCGGCGGCAUCGGUGGCAGCGGAGCCACCGGGCAUCCGGACGAGGAUGUGGAGCAGGGACUGGUGCGCAGCAGCAUAGUGCCUGACAUCGAAGUACACGAAGAGGACCAAGAGCAACACAGCCAGGGAACAACGACAACAACGUCGACCAACAACAACAACCAACAACAACAGCAGCAGCUGCAGCAACAACCGACCAUAUCAAUUAUGAAUUUAAGCCUAAAGCCCGACAGUCAUAGCCACAGCUCCAGUCCGGGCAGCCAUCCGAAUCUGGGCACCUCGUCAUAUCAGAACCUGGCCUCGAGCAUACCGCCCAGCGUGCCGAGUCGCUGCCGGGCGUGCCGCAACUGCAGUCGACGUGCUUCCACCACGCCCACCACGCUGAUCGAUCGCUCCGCCUCGCGAGACAGCGUCAAAAGUGCCUUCCAGCAGGGCAAUCUCAGCGGCUCCAUGGCCAUCUGCAUAUCGAACUCGGCCCUGCCGCAGCAGCAGCAGCAGUAUCACCUGCAGCAGCAUCAGCAGCAGCACUAUCAGCUGCAGCAGCAACACCACUUGUCGCAGCAGCAGCAGCAGCACUUGUCGCAGCAGCAACAGCAGCAGGUGCCGCCCGUUUUGAUCACCUCCUCGCCCACGAAUGGAUCCAGGAUAAUACGGCAGAGCUCGCAGCCGGAGUCAAGCAGCACGGCGAUUUGCUGCGGACCACAUACCGCCUGCGUCGGCCACGCCCACUCGUACUCGCACACCGUGCCCAACGUUUCGCUGAAGCAACUGCGCGAGAGUUCCGGCGACGGCAUCGCCGGCAUUGCCGCCGACUCACUGCGCAUCAACGGGGGAAUGCGGCCCUUCAAGCAGGGCGUUCUUCUAAUGCCUCGCACCUUGUCCGAAAGCCGAAAGUUGCGCCUUCGAAGGGCCUUCACCGAGGCCACUAACGAAACACUCCAAUGCUCCAAAAUGCUCCGCAAACCGGCGUCGACACUCUCAAUUCCUGGCUCGAUGAAAACACCUUCCAUUGCGAACCGGGAACAGAUCUCAUCUGGAUGCAACGAAGAAGCGGCCGAGGCACUAGUGGGUAUCCACUCAGACUACCCUAGGUAUGAAAUGUAUAUGGAAGAACGUGCCCUUACUGGCGGCAAUACGUCCAGGAAGCCAUCGACUAACUCGGCCAAACACAAACCCAAUGUGGGCUAUCGCCUGGGAAAGAGGAAAGCCCUCUUCGAGAAGCGCAAACGCAUCAGCGAUUACGCCCUGGUCAUGGGCAUGUUCGGGAUCAUCGUGAUGGUAAUCGAAAACGAGCUGAGCAGUGCCGGUGUCUACACAAAGGCAUCGUUCUACUCGACAGCGUUAAAAACCUUAAUAUCUGUUUCGACUGUGAUUCUUUUAGGACUUAUAGUAGCUUACCAUGCUUUGGAAGUGCAGGUGAGAUUAUUCAUGAUAGAUAACUGCGCCGACGAUUGGAGGAUCGCAAUGACAUGGCAACGAAUUAGUCAAAUAGGGUUAGAACUUUUUAUAUGCGCUAUACAUCCAAUUCCUGGCGAAUACUAUUUCCAGUGGACGACGAAAUUGGCCAAUAAGAAUAAAACAAUUGGCACCGAAAUGGUGCCAUAUGACGUAGCUUUAUCAUUACCUAUGUUCCUUCGAUUAUAUUUAAUCUGCCGCGUAAUGCUGCUGCAUUCAAAGCUAUUCACAGACGCAUCAUCACGGAGCAUUGGCGCUCUCAAUAGGAUAAAUUUUAACACAAGAUUCGUUUUAAAAACUCUAAUGACAAUAUGCCCGGGAACGGUUCUAUUGGUAUUCAUGGUCUCGCUGUGGAUCAUUGCAUCCUGGACGCUGCGUCAGUGCGAAAGAUUUCAUGAUGAAGAACAUGCGAAUCUUUUGAAUGCAAUGUGGCUGAUAGCGAUAACAUUUUUGAGUGUUGGUUUCGGUGAUAUUGUUCCGAAUACGUACUGUGGACGUGGUAUCGCUGUCAGUACAGGAAUAAUGGGCGCCGGCUGUACGGCUCUACUUGUGGCCGUAGUUUCCCGGAAACUGGAGCUGACCCGUGCCGAGAAGCAUGUGCACAACUUCAUGAUGGACACGCAGUUGACCAAACGGCUGAAAAAUGCUGCGGCGAAUGUUCUGCGUGAAACUUGGCUCAUUUACAAACAUACAAGACUAGUAAAACGGGUUAAUCCCGGCCGUGUAAGAACCCACCAAAGAAAGUUCCUUCUAGCUAUAUAUGCGUUGCGAAAAGUUAAAAUGGAUCAACGCAAACUAAUGGAUAAUGCAAACACAAUAACUGACAUGGCAAAGACACAAAACACGGUCUACGAGAUAAUAUCGGACAUGUCUAGCCGUCAGGAUGCCAUCGAGGAGCGCCUAACCAACCUAGAGGACAAAAUGCAGAGCAUACAAGAGCACAUGGAAAGCCUUCCAGACCUAUUGUCUCGAUGUCUGACCCAGCACCAGGAGCGGAUCGAGCAGCGGCGGAACUUUUUACAUCCAGACACAGCUGCAGUUGCCCCCAUUCAAGCGCCAACGCCCCAAUCGAUGUUCAAUGCAGCGCCCAUGCUGUUCCCCCAUUCUAGAAGUGUUCCCUCAUCCAAUAACGCCGCUGCUACUUACCAUUGGCCAACAAGCCCUAUUUUGCCACCUAUAUCUAGUAGAACACCACAUUUAGUGCCUGAUACUCACAUGCCAUCAAAUGGAUCUGCAGUUAAUAGCUACGCAUCUUCCAACAAAUAUGGCAGCUGAA